AUGCAACGACUUUGUGAACGUUGCCAAGCACUUGUUGGUCCGCUUGCCAAUGAUAUUAGAAAUUUGCGGACAGUAGUGUUGGGUGGUGGGUCGAAUCACUACGAAGAAAUGGUCGCCCAUUUGAGUUCAAUUAAGUCCCAUACGAAUGAACUCCGUUUGAAGUUGUCUUCAAUCGACUGUUUUUGUGCAACCGAUGAUGUGUUGGAGAUCUAUGACACCGUCGUUGCAAGUGUCGAUGAUCUUGAAAACGAAAUCACUCCAGUGGUUAAUUGCUCACGAAAAACAUUGUUGGAAGACGACGGAGAAGCCAAACUCAUGUUCAGUCAAUUAAUGAGGGAAAUGACACAACACUUGUUUAAUAUACGAAACGGACUCACACAACUCUCUCAGAAAAUUAUGACAAUGAGAAUGGCCACUAUCAAACCGGAGUUAAGAGGAGACUUUUCAAGUCUUUUGGAAAUCAUGAACAAAACCACCGAAAUUGUUAAGAACAAAGACUUCCAAAACGUCUUAAGUGUUGCGACACAAGCUAAAGACCGAAUGAUCUCGCUGACCAAAUUAGCAGUGCAAACGGGGGCAUCAGACAACGACCAAAAAGCAGUAGUUCUUUCCUUUAGAAAUUUACUUUCUGAAAUCAUCAAAUUGAAAAAUCUGCAAGGCAAUGUCGCCGAAGAAGAAGUUAAAGUCGUCUACGCACAAAUUGAUAUCUUCAAACGAGCUAUUCGAGCAGUCGCAAUGGGCAAUUCAGUGGUCCUACCAAAUAGAGCGCCAGCACCACGAGAGUCAAGUCUUGGGGAAUUAAAAGAAGAAAGCCAAAGCCCAAUGUCCGAAGCUGACAUCGCCAAGAGAGUUCGAGAAGAAGAAAGAAAGCGACUUGAGGAACAAUUGCAAGAGACUAAAAAAGCGGAAGAGGAGAAGGAAAGAGCGCGACUCGAACAAGAAAAGAAGGAAGCGGAGAUUAAAGCUCAGCAAGAGAAAGAAGCACAGAAAUUGGAACAAUCAUCAGAACAACAGAAGUCAAAUGCAGAUGAAGUACGUAAGAAUGAGUUAUUAGAGAAAUUAGACCAAAUUAACAUGAGUCUUCUGAGAGAAAAGGAAGAACUUGACAAUUUGCUUAAAGCGGAAAAGGAACAAAUCAACUCAUGCACCACAGACAAAGAAGCUUUUAAAGAACUCAGAGAGAUGAAAAAACAAAAGGACGCAUUAAUUUUGCAGCGCGACAUGAUUAAGAAUAGACUCGAAGUCUUACACAAGUCGGAAAAGGCAGUGCGAAAGCCUUUAAAAAUCAAAGGAGACUUCGGAAAGACGAUUAAAAGACAGAAGUAUUUGUCUAAGGAAAUGCCAGUGUUUAAGCAGUCUGCCGUGGAACUUAGAAAACAACUUGAAAUUGAUAAGUCUGCGCGUGUUAUCAAACAGAUGAAUGACGACAAUGCAACUUCCAUUGUCGACAUCGCAAGACAAUUAACCGGAUUGUCUAAUACACUUGAUUUGGACAAUGUCGAGAACACUACAGAUGUGUACCAAAUAUUGAGACAGACAGACUUCAACUCAAUUGCGCUGAGAAUUACUUCGCCGAAGUUCAGGAUUUCUUCCUCAAUUUCUUAUAUUGGACAUUUUGUGCCAGACAACGAAUACGAUCCAGAGAAGGACGUCGUUGCUAUUGAAAAGUACGAGAAGGAGGCGUUCUACGAUUUAGCUGAAAAGGCAUCUGAUAUUGCUACAACCGUGGAAGAUAUGAUGUGCUUUGGAUCUUUGUCUAUUGUUGCCAAAGACUCUUCGGACGACUAUUUGAAUGAUUUACUCGGAAGUUGUCAAUUGGCGCGAAAGGCCGUUGUGACAUUUAUGAAUGCGAUUCCGGAGAUAUAUGGCCAUGGACUUGAGUGUAAGAGUGACGACAAAGAUGCUUUGAUAGUGAAGUACAGAGAACGUGUUUUAAAGAUUCCAGUCAUUAACCCAGUGACUAAGAAAAAAGACGAUGAAAUCGAGUUAGUCGAUUAUUACCAAGGAAAUGUCACAAAGAUAGAACGGACCGACUUUAAGUCUGAAGCGAAGUUAAAGCAUGUGGAAGCAGCGCUUGGCCUGAAUGCUUCGAUUGGAGUGAAGAAGUUGUACCAAACGGUUCAGAUCAAUGCGGAAAAGAUCCGAUCGGUGGUUGGGCAGUUUCUUGCGAUGUCGAAGUGCAUUUCACAUCUGCAACCAAAGGACUUUAAAAAUUUGAAGGACAAAAGAGUGUUUGAUUCAAAGGACUUUGAGAAGGAGUGCGACAAAAUCGAUAAGGACGCGUCCAAGGAAUUUUCUUCACAGAUCAAGAAGGACCAAUUCUUUACUAUCAAUUUGGAACAAGACUUUGACAUUGAAAUUCUCUACAUUUUUGAGAUCUUGACAUUAUCAAAACAACUGAUGAAUUACAUUCAAGACUUCAUCGACUGUGUACAGACAGUUGUUGCCUUCCAGAAGAGACAGGACACAAUGGAAGCAAUUAUAGACGAAAAGAGUGUCACAGAAGAGUUGGCUUCAAACACGAAAUUGAUCAAAAUAAAGAAUGACAGAAUCACUUGUGGGAGUUUGAAUAUGAUCAUAUACCAAUUUGUCAUGGAAAAUAACACCUUUGAAAAACAGUUCUUUUCAACAUUCCAAUUUUACACAACUCCAACAGUUGUCUUGAGUAAAUUGGUUGGGAUGUACUUUGGCGCUAUUGACAAACAAUUUGGACCAAAGACGCUGAUUGCUAUGAAACACUUUAUCGACGAAUUUUACGCCAUUUUCGACUCGCGCGCGAUUUCAGUGAUCCACCAAUUUAUCGAGAAAUUGAAACAGCGAAAUGAAAACAGUAACUUUGACGCGUUCUCUGCUGUUAAUUUGCGAGAAGAAACUAAACUGAACCACACCAUCUCUGAAAAUUUAGUUCCUCCAAUUACAUUCUUCAUUCCUCUUGAAGCAACUUCACCGUCGAAUUUUGUGUUAAUGUCGGACCCAAGUGAAGUUGCAAGACAGCUCACCUUAGUCAUUUCGAAUCUCUACCAAAAAAUCGAGAAACAACAGUUCUUCAACAAAGCGUGGUCUAACGAGAAGCUUGCGCCACAGGCAAUGGACUUAAUUCGUGUCAUGCGUUACACUGAAGAAAUCUCCGACUGGAUUGUCACCAUCAUUUUGUUGAUGUUCUCUGCCGAGAAUAGAGUCAAGGCUGCAAUUCGAUUCAUCCAAAUAGCAGACUACCUUAAUAAAUUGAACAACUUUCAACUCCUCUAUGGCAUCAUCCAGGCGUUUGAUCAGAAGUCGAAGAUAUGGAGUUUGAAGUUACUUGACUCCAUUCCGUCCAAGUUCGUCAAGAUGUUUUCGUCUCUUUCUAAAGUUGUGAAUGAGAAGAACGACUUCAAAAACUACCGACAAAUCAUUUCAAAGUGCAAUGAACCGUGUAUUCCUUUGUUACCAGUUGUGUUAAAAGAUCUUGAAAAGAUUCAUGACAAUGAACCGGAUAAAGUGAAGCUUGGGAAGGUCGAAGUGAUCAAUGUAAAGAAGGCUGAGAUGGUAGUUGACGAAGUUGAGAAAUUCAUGAAGCUGUAUUCGAGUACCUAUCCAUUCCCUGCAGUCGAGCCGUUUUCUACGUAUCUGAAAGGAAUAGAGAAUAUGGGGAGCAAGACGCGCAAUGAAGUCACUUCGAUGUGGACCAGGUUGUUGGACCAGAGUCUCGUUAAUUGA